UUUGUUUUACUUUGUCUAGCAUGUCAACAUAUAUUCCCAAGCAGCGAAACUAGUUUCAACUGGCAUUUACCAUCUGCUUACCAGAUUUUGAAAUCAUACGAAAAACUUUCACGUUUGGAAGAAGUGCGUCUAAAGAGAACCAGUCAGCUGACUCGUCUGAAACGACUGGAAGAGGAUUUGGAAAAGAAAACAACAGCAGAAUGCAAAGCGAAACAGAAAGUCAACAUGGAACAUGUUAACCGGUUGCUGAAAAAACGAGAAGAUUUCGAACAUUAUGUCGACUCAAUCUGUUCUGAUGCUGACCACGUCUUCGAGGUCACCCUACCAGUAUAUGCCAAAAAACAGCUAGAAGAAAAUAUUCGACUUCGAGCCCAAUGUCAAGAAGCUUCGGACAACUUGCUGGCAGUCCAAGAUCAGAGCAGACGCCUGAAAGACGUCCAGAAGUUACUGGAUCUGGAAAAAGAAACCCAGAAAUCAGCAAAAAUAAGGCUGAAUGACUUUCAAGCACGUCUUCAAGGUCGCCAAAGCCGUCUGCUGAAAUUAAACGCCUAUCUACAGUCAACACACAGUAUUGCGAGAGAUGACUUACGAGACAUCCAGUCUGAGAUUCGAGCCAAUCAGAGAAAGAUAUCUCGCACAGUCGACAAAAUCUCAAACGUGGAAGAGAUAUUGCGUGAUCAGGAGAAUUACACGAAUUCGCUGGUGGAACAGAUGGAAAAGAAAAUCGACAAGAAUGGUCUCAGAAUAUCGAAAGUCUUGAGAGCAGGUCAAAUACUUAAGGCUAAAGUCAAGGAAGUGGAAGACGAGAAGAGUUGCAUAGAUUUGGACUUGUUGAAGCAAAUUCGCAUGCUUCUGGAUGACGAUUGAGACUGUAAUGAAAAUGUAAAAUUUAUGGUCCUACUACA